AUGUACCUGCUUUUACAACAAGCGUCUACUAAUGCCUCCUCUCCCCCGACACAGCCGAAGCUGGCAUCUCCGUACCAGUCAAGUACGCCGAUGGACAUGGACGGCGCCUCCGAUCAUGAGCCCACAGCAAGCACCAAUGCGUCAGCUACCGGAAACACAGGCCUGUGGGCAGAAUCGAUUGCGGCUAAAAAUGUUUUUCAAAACACCAUCGACCGGGACCCGGACGUUCGGCAAGAUCCACAGCUCAACUCAGCUCUUGAAUCUCUCCAUCGGAUUUUCAAAUCAGUUCAUCAAUCGGAUCCCCCCAACGUUUGGACCACAAUAUCGAGUGCAAAGGCCGCGAUAGUUGCUCCGUUACCAGCUUGGCCAGAAAUCAAGGCCGUGCUUGAAAGAGCAGAACGCCAAAGACCCAUGGCAGUCAAUUUGCUAUCACCCGCAUUGUAUGCGGAUUUUUGCCAGAAAUGCCGGUCCAUGUAUGAGAAUAGGCUGGAAGGGUCGACAGCCGACAAGAUGCUUGUCUAUUCUGGGCUCUCGAAUAUAUGUUCCGAAUUCAGCGGCGCAAGCAAUGGAGACGAAGCAGAACGUAACCAUAACCUUGCCAUUACAUUUUUCCACUUGCUAUCCGAGGCUUUAACCACACUACCAGCUCUGAUGCCACCUUCAAUGGCCACACUUGAAGCCCUCUUCGCCGCUGCUCUGACCGCAGUCAUGCUAUUCUGGAGCAUCUACACCAUGGACCGAGGCAACGCUCUUCGGUUGGGGUACGCACCUGCUAUCCAAGACUAUGAUAUCGAUACCCCUAUGCCCGUUGUGAGCGAACAAUACCCUUCUACCAUAGUCACUAUCAAAAAGUAUUGGGUGGACUGCGCAAGAGUUCAGGGCCAGAUCUGCACAAGGCUCUACGGACCUGCGGCAUCUGCACUCCCUCCCGCCGAACGAGCUCAGCUCGCAGAGGCAUUUGCGGAUGAGCUUGACCAGAUCUAUAGGCGCAAGGUUGAGGCCAAGUCAACUAUCGUGUAUUCGUUCGCAUCUAAGCAGAAUGAAAACAGAACUGAGUUGUGGACUUUCGGAGACGAUAUCAUGUACCUGAGCACUAGGGCUACAGCUUUGCACGCGAUCCCCCCGAAUCACGAGCGCCGCUUCCGCGCUACUCAGAGCGCACGGGAAUGCCUGCAUGUAUGUCGAGAUAUUAGCAACAAAUACCGCGACAACGGCUAUGCUUGGACCAUCGUGUGUCAUUGGGUGCUACUACAUACGCCUUUGACUGCGUUUAUGAGCAUCUUUUGUCAUAUUGUGGCCUACCCCCAGGAUUCAGGACAGGCGGAUUUUGAAGUACUGAACGGAUUUGUUGCGUCGCUCCAGCCAGCGCAACGACUUUCGGACGGCAUCGAGAAGUUCCACAAUCUUUGUUCAAUCUUUCUCAAAGUUGCCCAAGCAUACUUGCAAGCGAAAAUGCGGCAGAGAGAGACUAUCGCAGAGGGUGCAACCGACAGCAAGCCAGUACAAUUUCUCCAGCCAGCUAAUUCUGACCCGAAUCAACACCUCUCAGGUUUAAAACCGUCGACUCCAUCUUUGGGAAACGAGGCUUUCCUAGCUAACCACGUCGACUUCAACAAUUUCUCAGAUGCAAAUUACCUCGAAGCAGACCAACAGUAUCUCGAUUUAAUGGAUCCUCAAGACUGGUACUCUGGUAAUGCAUCAAUUUAUAGCUUACUAGAGCACGAUUAUAAUGGGAUAAACUAG